AUGCGACAACGGCUGGAGGAAAACAUCAGUGUUGAUAAGGUGUGUUACGAGACCGAUCUGAUCCACACCAGUGUGGAACCACAGGCAGUACUGAAGAUGCUGGUGGUCGGAAUCUCGAUGAUCAUUGAAAUGCGGUCCUGCGAGAUUACAGUCCAACAUCCGGCGGCGAAUCGAAUAGUUUGA